GGAUGAGCAGAAUGAGUCUUCCUCUGCGAGGCUCAGAAAAUGAAUUCCACUCUCACUGAUCCCGCCCUCACGAUGCACCACCUGACGACCGGAUAUCAACUGAACUCCAGUUACAACUGCUCCUGGCCAUCUGCCAACUGGACUGGAGGGGGUGACACUAUACAGCUGCCCACAUUCACCACAGCGGCCAAAGUCAGAGUGGUCAUUACCUUCAUUCUGUGUGGCAUAUCGACCUUUUGCAACCUGGCCAUGCUGUGGGUGGCAUGCUGCAAUGGCAAUCGUAAAUCUCAUGUCAGGGUCCUGAUAAUCAAUCUGACCUUUGCAGACCUGCUGGUGACCUUCAUCGUGAUGCCUAUGGAUGCCGUGUGGAACAUCACAGUUCAGUGGCUUGCUGGAGACUUUGCCUGCAGGAUUCUGAUGUUUCUGAAGCUGCAAGCGAUGUACUCAUGCGCCUUUGUCACCGUGGUGAUUAGCCUGGACCGACAGUCAGCCAUUCUCAACCCGCUGGCUAUCAAUAAGGCCAAGAAGAGGAACAGAGUCAUGCUGACGGUGGCGUGGGCCAUGAGCUCCGUGUUGUCUGUCCCUCAGAUAUUCCUUUUUCGAAAUGUGACCAUCAAAGACUUCACUCAGUGCACCACAUGGGGCAGUUUUGUCACUCACUGGCAUGAAACAUCUUACAAUAUGUUCACGUUCUCCUGCCUGUUUCUGCUGCCGCUGGUCAUCAUGAUCACUUGUUACACCAGGAUCUUCCUUGAGAUCUCCAAGCGACUGAAAACACACAACAUUCCUUCCAGUGAAGUACAUUUACGCUGUUCAAAGAAUAACAUCCCCAGAGCUCGGAUGAGAACUCUAAAAAUGAGCAUUGUGAUCGUACUGUCUUUUAUUAUAUGCUGGACCCCGUACUACCUGCUGGGCUUCUGGUACUGGUUCUUUCCUGACAACCUGAAAGGGAAGGUCUCCCAGUCACUGACCCACAUUCUGUUCAUCUUUGGGCUCGUCAACGCCUGCCUGGACCCCAUCAUCUACGGCCUGUUCACCAUUCCCUUUGGAAAGGGGCGCCGCAGGCAUUCGCGUAAUACAGGCUCAUAUCUGGAUAAUAACACGGUUAUAACAGGUUCCUUCACAUGCGCUGCCAAUUCUUUGCUACUGAAAAAAGACGUGACCGCUGCCACUCAAGAGAGGUUUUUAUUGUCCAAUGAAAAGCCCAGUAAAGUUGAGUUGGGCUGCUCAAGAAACAGCUAUUUCACAACAUGCAAUGAUGCAGGGAGCAAUACAGAUCAGUCUGGGCCAGAAAGCAUUUUAUGAGAUGCCUCCUGCAGCUGUGUCACUCCUUAUGUUGAUCACUAUCUAAAGACAUCAUUUAGUGUUUCUACUAAAUAAUUUCCAGAAGCAUUGAAUGAUUUAAGCCAU